AUGGCAGCCUUCAAAGAUGAGCUGCAGUCAGUCUCUGGCUUCAACCAGAGCAACGGUCACAAUGCUAGCACGUCGACCCACCAACAAUCGGAGCUACUGCUCACCCCUCCAAGCCAGAGCCUGGAAGCGCUGAAGGACAUAGUCUAUGGAUCAACAGCUGGAAUACUGGGGAAAUUCGUUGAAUACCCGUUUGACACGGUCAAGGUCCGGCUUCAAUCCCAAUCCCACGAACCUGGCGCAGUCCCGCGGUUGCACGGGCCCUUCGAUGCCUUCUCUGCUGCAUUUCGGUCGCCCGAGGGGCCUCUUGUGUCUUUAUACAGAGGUAUCAGUGCGCCUUUACUCGGCGCCGCAAUAGAAACAUCCUCCCUGUUCUUCAGCUAUCGAAUCGCCCAGGACAUUGUUGUGAGAGCAUCUCCAUCCCUCCGCGCGCAACGAGAUCGAAACCCUCAUGGCAAGAUUGAACUCCCUUUUUCAUACCUCCUGGCCUGCGGUGCCGCCUCAGGAGCGUUCACGUCGCUCCUCCUCACACCUAUCGAACUCAUAAAAUGCAAGAUGCAAGUCCCCUUGGCCCCAUCCAACCUUGCUUCCAAGUUGGGAUACACAACGACUCGCCCACUUGGCCCAAUGCAACUCAUCACCACAAUUUUCCGUAGCCAAGGGCUUCUCGGCUUCUGGCAUGGGCAGUUGGGCACACUCAUUCGGGAAACAGGCGGUUCGGCUGCAUGGUUCGGCUCUUACGAAGGUGUUAAGAUGCUGUUCCUCCGUUCGGAUCCUAGUGUGAAUCAUGUAUCAGACGUUAAAGUGUGGCAGCAGAUGGUUGCAGGAGCAGCGGCAGGGAUGUCGUACAACUUUGUUUUCUACCCGGCGGAUACGAUCAAGUCACGCAUGCAGACGUCCAGCACUGAAGUCACCUCUGGACCAAACAGAUUAACGUUUCUUUCGACAGGCCGGGCGUUAUGGCGUGAGCAGGGAGUGAAGGGAUUUUAUCGAGGCUGCGGAAUCACGGUUUUCCGCGCGGCACCAAGUUCAGCGAUCAUUUUCAGCAUCUACGAGGCGUUACGGAGGUAUCUCGGUUGA